AUGACGGCGUCUCCCGACUACCUGGUGAUUCUCUUCGUGACCACGGCGGGCACCAACGGGGCAAGGUUGGGCUCAGACGAGCGAGAGCUGCUCCAGCUCCUGUGGAAAGUGGUCGACCUGAGGAGUAAGGAGCUGGGGCACCUGCAUGACGUGCUGGUCCGGCCUGACCACACAGAACUGACGGCUGAGUGCCACGAGAUCACCCAAGUGGAUGUGGAGAGCCUGGCACUGGCUCCACCGCUGGAGCAGGCACUGAGACAGUUUAAUCAGUCUGUGAGCAAUGAACUGAACAUUGGUGUGGGUACAUCUUUCUGUUUCUGUACUGAUGGACAGUUGCACAUUAGGCAGGUUCUACACCCUGAAGCUUCCAAAAAGAAUAUUUCACUGCCUGAAUGCUUCUACUCCUUUUUUGACUUGCGGAAAGAGUUCAAGAAGUGUUGCCCUGGCUCACCUGAAGUUAGCAAACUCGAUGUUGCAGCCAUGACAGAAUAUUUAAAUCUUGACAAGAGCAGUCCAGCAUUUCCCUAUGGAGCCUCUCAAGUUGAAGAUAUGGGGAAUAUUGUUUUAACAUUAAUAUCUGAACCAUACAAUCACAGAUUUUCAGAUCCAGAAAGGGUAAACUACAAAUUUGAAAGUGGACCUUGCAGCAAGAUGGAACUUGUGGAUGACAAUGCUGUUAUCCGAGCAAGAGGAUUGCCAUGGCAGUCAUCUGACCAGGACAUAGCGAGGUUCUUCAAAGGUCUAAAUAUUGCCAAAGGAGGUGCUGCACUCUGUCUCAAUGCCCAAGGUAGGAGGAAUGGGGAGGCUCUUGUGAGGUUCGUGAGCGAAGAGCACAGAGAUCUGGCACUACAAAGGCACAAGCAUCACAUGGGGAACCGAUACAUAGAGGUAUACAAGGCAACAGGUGAAGACUUCCUUAAAAUUGCAGGAGGUACUUCCAAUGAGGUUGCACAGUUCUUGUCAAAAGAAAACCAAGUGAUUGUCAGGAUGCGAGGUCUUCCUUUCAAUGUAACAACAGAAGAAGUGCUGACUUUCUUUGGCCAGCACUGCCCUGUAACAGGAGGAAAGGAGGGAGUCCUGUUUGUCACUUACCCUGACAGCAGGCCAACAGGAGAUGCCUUUGUCUUGUUUGCUUGUGAGGAAUAUGCACAAAAUGCACUGAAAAAGCACAAGGAUUUGCUGGGGAAAAGGUACAUUGAACUCUUCCGGAGCACUGCAGCAGAAGUUCAGCAGGUGCUGAACAGGUACUCUUCCACACCUCUCAUUCCUCUCCCAACACCUCCAAUUCUUCCAGUAUUACCUCAACAAUUUGUGCCUCCCACUAACAUCAGAGACUGCAUACGUUUGCGUGGGCUUCCCUAUGCUGCUACUAUAGAGGACAUUCUGGAGUUCCUGGGAGAGUUUUCUACAGAUAUUCGGACCCAUGGAGUUCACAUGGUUCUAAAUCACCAGGGACGUCCAUCGGGAGAUGCUUUCAUUCAGAUGAAAUCUGCAGAUCGAGCCUUCCUGGCUGCACAGAAGUGUCAUAAGAAGACUAUGAAGGACAGAUAUGUUGAAGUCUUUCAAUGUUCUGCUGAAGAGAUGAACUUUGUAUUAAUGGGGGGCACUUUAAAUCGAAAUGGCUUGUCCCCGCCACCAUGUAAGUUACCAUGCCUUUCACCCCCUGCCUACUCCUUUCCGGCUCCUGCUGCAGUUGUGCCAACAGAAGCUGCUCUGUAUCAGCCAUCCAUGCUUCUGAACCCACGAACACUCCAGCCCUCCACAGCCUACUACCCUGCUGGGGCUCAGCUCUUCAUGAACUACACAGCUUAUUACCCCAGUAUGCAGCAGAGGAUGGACUUGUACACACAAAUGAUGCGGCCAGGACAGUGUCCAAAGAAUGGAUUUGCAUUUAAAGGCCCCAGCAGUUAG